AUGAACACCAUAAAUACAAUGACCGCGGCUACGGCUACCGCUCCGAUCAGCGCCGCCAAAGGCCUACCCAACACCCAGGCUGCUAUUGCUGCCUCGUUUACGAAUUUUCUCGGUGUUGCCAUGCAUCAAAUAUUAUUCCUUCGAUCGGUCUAUCCGCGAGCGACGUUCCUCCCAGUCCGAGCAUACAACUACCCGGUACGGCAAUCACGUCAUCCGAAGGUAUGUGACUACAUUAGCGAUGUAUGCCUCGCCGUUGAAAGUGAAAUUCUCAAAGGCACAAUCACCGCUGUCACGGUGAUUAUUUCUUCUGUUCGCACAAAUCAGCCAAUGGAGCGGUAUGCAUUCGACCUAUCAGGCUUCCCGCACGUGCCCGUGGGGGAGAUCUACACCACGUUCGAGGAACGGAAUAAAGAAGAUGCCACAAGACCACCCCCGACGGCACAGACGAUAGAUCUCGAGGCACAAUUCCGUGCUUGUUUGGCUAGACUGGCGUCUGCCUGCGCGCGCUUAACGCCGUUACCGCGUGACGACGAAUUUGGUUUCACUGUGUGUAUUGAAGUGCGGGAAGACGCUCUUCCACCAGCCGGUACCACGAAAGAGGAGCAGACUUGGAUUGUCGCUGAGCCGGGUCAGGUGCAUGUUCGAUCAUGUACCGCUCCGUUUUCGGUCAGCAAAUUAGGCAGUUAUUCCCAACAACCCGCGAUACCGAAGAUCAACGGACGGGCCAAAACCGUGCCAGUACGACGAGUGGAGGCUGGUGAGCUUCGUUUAGAGUUAUGGGUUGAAGAAGCCAGGCAAAAGUUCGACGAACGGCUUCUUUAG